AUGGCGGCCGCUCUGAAGUCAAUUGUUGCUCCGACCGCCUCAACACUUAGCAAUCCAACGUUGGAGGCAGAGGUGCCCAUCGAAAUCUUUCCAGUGCCUCAGAGUCGCUCUGUUCAUGGCAAUGCAUUCCCUCUGGGGAUCCGAGUAAAGGAAGGCCAUCAAUUUCAAGACAUUGACGCCGCUGUCCGCCGCAUCGAGGAGUUGGCCCAGACAGGGCUUUUUGACGGACUGCUACAAAGCCAUGGUACCAUCUUAUUUCGAGGGUUUCCGGUCAAAACAGCCUCGGACUUUUCGAAAUUUGUCAAGGCAUUCAGGCUGCCGCAGCCUCACCGAGAAAUUGGUCUGUCUGGCAAGAGAACCACCAUCAACGACGCGGUGAAGACAGCGAACGAAGAACCGCCCGAUGUCAAAUUCUACUACCACUCCGAGUACGGCAGGAGUGCUCAUUUCCCAGGAGUGCUGUUCUUCUUCUCUGAGAUUGUGCCUGAGCAAGGCGGGCAAACUCCGCUGUUGUCUUCAUUGGAGCUGUAUGAUCGGCUGAGGGCAGAGAUGCCGGAAUUUGCACAUGACCUUGAAACAAAGGUAAGUCCUUCCUCCCUCUUCGCGGCCUCGGGAAAGAUCGAACUGAACAACUCUCGUCAGGACUCGUAUGGCUUUGACAUCCAAGCUGGAGAUUCCUUAGAUGUACAAAGAUCCAAAGUGGAAGCUGUUCUCAAGCAGGAUCUUCAGGCCGAGGCAGAAUGGCAGCCCAACGGAGCGUUACAUGUCCUGCAAAAACUUCCUGCGAUUCGACGUAUCCAGUCAACCGGCAAGGCCACCUUUUUCAACGGGUUCGCUGGAGUCUAUGGUCGAGCACGGGACAACGAUGCUCUCAAGUCGCCAUAUCGUGGGCUGGAUGGCAAGUACCAUCUUCCCACGACCUACGGAGACGGCUCUCCGAUCCCGACAGCCUACCUGGACCGUUUGCUUGAUCUGUCCGAUGAAAUUGGCUUUUUGGUUCCCUGGGAGGCCGGGGAUGUCGCGCUCAUCGACAACUAUACUGUGCAGCACGCACGUUCGCCAUGGGUGGGGAAGAGGUCGCUCCUUGUCAGUCUAUGGGACGGACGUGAGAAGUUUGCACCGUUUUGA